CGAUGGAAGACAAAACACUGCUCAGUAGACCAUUUAACACUUCAUUACUUCUAGAAGACUGCUCUCAGCCAUGACACAGGCGGUUCCUCCGAUCCUCUCCGUCACCCCGAGUCGGGCUCUGGUUGAUGAGAAGUUUCAAGUGUUGGUGGAGAAUCUUCCUCCAGGAUGUCCGGUAACCCUCUGCUCCCUCCACCGCUCCGAGGACAAGGACGACUGGGAGGCAUAUGGGCACUACGUCAGCGACCACAGAGGCGUUGUGUCAGUAUCAGAAGAUUUGAGUUUUGGAGGCACAUAUACGGGAAAAGAGCCAAUGGGUUUACUGUGGAGCAUGCGGCCGGUCCCAGGCAGCCGCAAAGGCCUCAGGUUGAGGAAGAUAAACGUCUGUACACCCAUGCUGGUUAACAUCUCAGUCCACAGUGGACACGAGGGCUUCAGGGACAGAACCCCUCUGGCAUCAGCACUCGCAGAGAGAUGGUACAUGGCUCCUGGUGUCAAGAGAAUUGAUAUUAAUAAGCAAGGAGUGCAAGGGACCCUGUAUAUACCACCAGGUCCUGGACCCUUCCCUGCGCUGCUGGACAUGUGGGGAGGUGGUGCAGGGCUGCUGGAGUAUCGCUCUGCCUUGUUGGCGUCUCGUGGUUACGUUUCUUUCUCGCUGGAUUACCUAUGGUCUGAAUACCUGUCAGCAGAUGUAGAGUUUAAGUACUUCGAGACAGCAUUUAACAUUAUUAGGAACCAUUCUCAAGUGAUACCAGACAGAGUUGGAAUUCUUGGUAGUUCCCUGGGCUCCAUGGUGGCCUUCGACUUAACAGCCUACAGCACCAUUAUUAAGCCUCGCUGCAUUGUUUGCAUCAGCAGCAAUCACUAUCACCCACCUGGGACCACCCUGAAGGCCGGGUUUAAAAUACUGAGCAAGCAUUUUCACAAGGCACAUUUCGAUGAGAACAACCAUAUGAGCUGGAGAAGCUUUGCUCUGGAUCUUAUCGCUGACCCCUCAAACAACGUGGAAGUGGGGAGAAUUAACUGCCCAAUGCUGCUGGUUAAUGGCUGUGACGAUCAGAACUGGCCUACAGUGGAGACAGCGGAGGAGGUGGCCAGGUUGUUGCGUGAAGGUGGAAAGGAACACCUGCUGAGCAGAUUAGCGUAUCCGGGUGCUGGACACCUGAUUGAGCCGCCAUUCUCUCCUCAUUUUAGAGCUACGAAGUUUAUCAUACUAAACAGUAAAGAGAAGGUGAUAUUACUGUGGGGAGGACACACCAAAGCUCAUUCAGAUGCUCAGGAAGACUCCUGGAGGAAGAUCUUGAGUUUUCUGCAGCUUCACCUGUACCACAGCCCGAGUGUUAAAGCAAAUCUGUGA